CAAAGAGAUCGCCCUAGCUUUCUUCUCUUGAUCUGUGCUAAUCAUAAGAGAGAGAGAGAGAGAACAAGCCUGACUGACUCUCUUCCAGAGACUACAGGAACGAAAAAGAGGGCGAGAGAGACAAACAAGGAGAUAGCCAUGGCAUCUGCAAUUCUCAGGCGAUCGAACGGCAGUUCGAUGCAGUGGAUGGCGACUGGGUUUCGAGCUGCUGUUUCGAGGGCCUUUGCGUCCGUUUCAGUCGGAGCUGACAUCGUUGAUGCAGCUCCAGGUGUCUCUCUUCAGAAGGCUCGUACCUGGGAGGAAGGGUUAUCCUCUAAUUUCUCCACUACACCUCUCAAAGAUAUCUUCAAGGGUAAGAAAGUCGUCAUAUUUGGGCUCCCUGGCGCAUUCACUGGAGUUUGUUCUAAAGCUCAUGUGCCUAGUUACAAGAACAACAUCGAUAAGUUCAAGGCCAAGGGGAUUGAUUCUGUAAUUUGUGUAGCCGUCAAUGACCCAUAUGUUAUGAAGGGAUGGGCAGAGAAGCUUGAAGCAAACGAUAUUGAAUUUUAUGGGGACUUCACUGGGAGCUUCCACAAGAGCCUGGAGUUGGACAAAGAUCUUACUGGUGCUUUGAUGGGACCUCGUUCUCAGAGAUGGUCAGCCUAUGUUGAAGAUGGAAAGGUUAAGGUUCUCAAUGUAGAGACAGUCCCAUCUGAGUUCAAGGUUUCUGGUGGAGAUGUGAUUUUGGGCCAGAUAUAAGCCACUUUUAUUUCAGGAUUCUUGUGUUGGCUUGUUUCUCAGGUCAGUAGUAUAUAGGUUCCUCAUUAAUAAAGAGUAAGAACAUGAUGUUUACAAUGAAUUUUGUUUUUUGUUUUAGUGAUCAAAGUAUUAUUGUGACCUUUUAGAACCACUUGUAAUCUAUGUUUUUUGGGCAUUCUACCUUCCUAAUUGAAUCUCUCUGUCCCAUCA